AUGGCGUCGUCUAAUUUGUUAAAGAACAAGGGUUCCCUGCAGUUUGAGGACAAGUGGGAUCUGAUGCGACCCAUCGUUCUCAAGCUGCUCAGACAGGAGGCCGUCACCAAGCAACAGUGGUUCGACUUGUUCUCAGACGUCCAUGCUGUUUGUUUAUGGGAUGAUAAAGGACCUGCCAAAAUCCACCAAGCCCUGAAAGAGGACAUCUUAGACUUCAUCAAACAAGCACAGGCUCGGGUGCUGAGCCAUCAGGAUGACACAGCGCUGCUCAAGGCCUACAUCGUCGAAUGGAGGAAGUUCUUCACCCAGUGUGACAUCCUGCCCAAACCCUUCUGUCAGCUGGAGAUCACUCUGAUGGGCAAACAGGGCAGCAACAAGAAAACCAACAUGGAGGACAGCAUCGUACGAAAGCUGAUGCUGGACACAUGGAACGAGUCGAUCUUUUCUAACAUUAAGAGUCGACUCCAGGACAGCGCCAUGAAGCUGGUCCACGCCGAGAGGCUCGGGGAGGCAUUUGACUCACAGCUGGUUAUCGGAGUCCGAGAGUCGUACGUGAACCUGUGUUCCAACCCCGAGGACAAACUCCAGAUCUACAGGGACAAUUUUGAGAAAGCCUACCUGGACUCCACAGAGAGGUUUUACCGCACACAGGCGCCAUCGUACCUGCAACAGAACGGCGUCCAGAACUACAUGAAAUACGCGGAUGCAAAACUGAGGGAAGAGGAGAAAAGAGCACUAAGAUAUCUAGAGACGAGACGUGAAUGUAACUCUGUUCAAGCACUUAUGGAAUGUUGUGUGAACGCUCUGGUGACGUUGUUCAAAGAGACGAUUCUCGCUGAAUGUCCAGGGAUGAUCAAACACAACGAGACGGACAAGCUCCACCUGAUGUUCUCUUUGAUGGACAAAGUUCCCAGUGGGAUCGAGCCCAUGCUGAAGGACCUGGAGGAUCACAUCAUCAACGCUGGACUGGCAGACAUGGUGGCUGCUGCUGAGACCAUCACUACUGACUCUGAGAAGUAUGUGGAGCAGUUGUUGACCCUGUUUAACCGCUUCAGUAAACUGGUGAAAGAGGCCUUUCAAGACGACCCACGUUUCCUCACAGCCAGAGAUAAGGCCUACAAGGCUGUUGUCAAUGAUGCGACAAUCUUCAAACUGGAGCUGCCUAUGAAACAGAAAGGCGUCGGGAUGAAAACGCAGCCCGAGUCCAAGUGUCCGGAGCUGUUGGCAAACUACUGCGACAUGUUGCUGAGGAAAACUCCUUUGAGUAAGAAGCUCACGUCAGAGGAGAUUGAGCUCAAACUCAAAGAAGUGCUUUUGGUGUUGAAGUACGUCCAGAACAAAGACGUGUUCAUGCGUUACCACAAAGCCCACCUGACCAGGCGCCUCAUCCUGGACAUUUCAGCCGACAGCGAGAUUGAGGAGAACAUGGUGGAGUGGCUGAGAGAGGUUGGAAUGCCUGCCGACUACGUGAACAAACUGGCCAGGAUGUUCCAGGACAUAAAGGUCUCUGAGGACCUGAACCAGGUCUUCAAGGAGAUGCACAAACACAACAAGCUGGCGUUACCAGCUGACAGUGUGAAUAUAAAGAUCCUGAACGCUGGCGCCUGGUCCCGGAGCAGUGAGAAGGUUUUUGUGUCAUUACCAACGGAGCUGGAAGAUCUGAUUCCUGAGGUAGAAGACUUCUACAAGAGGAACCACAGCGGACGCAAACUCCACUGGCAUCACCUCAUGUCCAACGGAAUAAUCACCUUUAAGAACGAGGUGGGUCAGUACGACCUGGAGGUGACCACGUUCCAACUGGCUGUGUUGUUCGCCUGGAACCAGAGACCCAGAGAAAGAAUCAGCUUUGAGAACCUGAAACUGGCCACAGAGCUGCCUGAUGCAGAGCUCCGACGCACACUCUGGUCUCUGGUUGCUUUUCCCAAACUGAAGAGACAAGUGUUGUCCUAUGACCCUCCAGUCAACUCGCCCAAAGACUUCACCGAUUCAACGCUCUUCUACGUCAACCAGGAGUUCUCUCUCAUCAAAAACUCUAAAGUCCAGAAGCGGGGGAAGAUCAAUCUGAUUGGUCGGCUCCAGUUGACUACAGAGCGAAUGAGAGAAGAGGAGAACGAAGGAAUCGUCCAGCUCAGGAUACUCAGAACUCAGGAGGCCAUCAUCCAAAUAAUGAAGAUGCGGAAGCGGAUCAGCAACGCCCAGCUGCAGACGGAGCUGGUGGAGAUCCUCAAGAACAUGUUCCUGCCGCAGAAGAAGAUGAUCAAGGAGCAGAUCGAGUGGCUCAUCGAGCACAAGUACAUAAAGAGAGACGAGGCCGACAUCAACACCUUCAUCUACAUGGCAUAAAAGCGCGGUGGGAAACCAGUGUUUUGAAACUUCCAGCCUGCGAUCGGCGCUUUAAAAGGCUGCGAGGGGAGGAAACGUACGUAGAGGAAAAGGAGAUGGAGCCACGUGGACGGGGGAGCCUUUUUCCGGCUGGAAUGUGGAUGGUUAUUUUUUUGUGUUCGUGUGACGGCCGCCUGUCAUCCGAGUGUCAUUUCAGACGUAGCGUUAACGGAUGGUUUGUCUCUCUGCUGCCCUCUAGCGGCGGUCCGAGCGGAGGAAGUCGGGAACGAGCGCCGCCUGCCAGCAGUUUAGCGGAAAAAAAAAAAAAAUAGUGACAUGAAUAAAUUCAAUACUUCCUGCCUUACUUUCAUCAGGAUGGACUACAGAAGAAGAUGAAGAAGACGAGGAUGAGGAGGGAAGUCGCGGAUUUCAAUCCUUUGCUUUCACUCGUUGCAGCAGAAACUUUGCGUCCUGUUCUACAUUUGUCUGGAAAAUGCAAAAAAAAAAAAAAAAGCUGCGACUGAAAGCGCAGAUGGAAAGACUGCUGAAAACUACCGAGGAGUAUUUUUGCCAAAUCUUGUGUGUGUGUGUGUGUGUGUGUGUGUGUGUGUGUGGGUGUGGAUGUGUGAUUGUACGCGUGCAUGGUGUGUAUCUGGUCUUUUAGAUGUGUGUGUAUGUGUGUGCACUCUGAACAGCAUGCUGCUCUAUAUAUUAUUAUUAUUUUUUUGUCGUUUCUUUUGGGUUCAGUGGAGGAAUCUGUCACAUAGUUUGUGCUCGUGUCCGAGGAGUCGGACCGGGCGUAGAUCAUUAAGACCAAUUCAAUAAUGCUGAUAUUUAAGUUUUCUAUUUAUCUGAACAGGUUUUCAUCUGGACGGGCCGAGGGAAUUGUCAGAAUGCAGUAUUUAUUUCAUGUGUCAAACAGAAAAAAGAAAAAAAAAGAAACAAGUCUGAGCAUGGUGGGAUUAAAAACCAGCUGAAUGCAUCCAUAAGCAACGUGAAUGUGACCAGAAUUAUUGUUUAAAGUACAACACAAAAACCAGACUUCAUUACCUCUUUACCUUUUACAUACAGUUCCCACCAUUAAUAGAUCUGUUAUUGUCUUUAACAUUAAUUACAAAUUAAUGUCAAAGAAGGAAGAGUGUUUUUUUUAGGUUUUACACAACUUGUCAGUGAAGAGAACGUGUCAACUGUUACACAAUAUCAAGACAUCAAAACAUUGCAGUCAUAAUGAUCUAACUGUAUUUUACUGAAACUCAAACCCAUAAUUCAUAUCAGAUUUAGUCAAACUGGACCUGGAUCAGCCUCCAAAGUUACACCAAAACUGUUACAACCCUGACAAAAGCAUACAU